CAUACCUGGUUUCUGCUCAACUCAUUUCUUCGCCUUCUCUUCACCACUCCACAAAUUUAAAAAUGGCCGCUGGUCAGUGGACAGAGGAUGAACUUGACUGCCCGAUCUGUCUGGACAUCCUGAAGGAUCCAGCGACUCUUCCCUGUGGACACAGUUACUGUAUGGGCUGUAUCAAAAACUACUGGGAUCAGAACAAUCGGACUGGAGUCUACAGCUGCCCCCAGUGCCGAGAGACCUUCACCCCAAGGCCUGCUCUACGCAGAAACACCAUGCUGGCUGAAGUGGUGGAGAAACUGAGGAGGAGAGGCACCAGUACUCCUCUUCCUCCUCCUGCUCCCAGUCCUUCUGGCCCUGGAGAUGUGCUGUGUGAUUUCUGCACUGGGAGACAGGUGAGAGCUGUGAAGUCCUGUCUGGUGUGUCUGGCCUCUUACUGUCAGACUCACCUCCAGCCUCACUGUGAAGCUGCUCCACUGAAGAGACACCAGCUGGUCGAGGCCACAGGAGAGCUGCAGGAGAAGACCUGCUCCAGUCAUGACAGAUUCUUGGAGGUUUCUUCCCGAACUGAUCAGAAAGGUGCUUUUUACGCUUGUCUAAUGGAUGAACACAGAGGCCACAAUACUGUUUCAGCUGAAGCAGAAAGGAUGAAGAAACAGAAGCAGCUGGGGGCGACACAGACACAAACCCAGCAGAGACUCCAGGAGAGAGAGAAGGAGCUGCAGGAGCUGAGACAGGCUGUGGACUCACUCAGAAGCUCUGCACACACUGCAGUACAGGACACUGACAGGAUCUUCACUGAGCUGAUCCGCUCCAUUGAGAGAACACGCUCUGAGCUCACACAGCUGAUCAGAGCUCAAGAGAGGGCUGCAGUGAGUCAGGCUGAAGGACUCCUGGAGCGACUGGAGCAGGAGAUCGCUGAGCUGAGGAGGAGAGACGCUGAGCUGAGCCAGCUCUCACACACAGAGGAUCACAUCCAUUUCCUCCAGAAUUUCCAGUCUGUCUGUGUCCUUCCUGGAGCUGGAGACUCACCCAGCAUCCCUGUCAGACCCCACUUCUCUCCUGAGGCUGUGAGGAGAGCUGUCUCUGGACUGAAAGAGCAACUGGAGGAUGUCUGCAGGGAGGAGUCAGUCAAGAUCUCCAGGACAGUGAAGGAAACUUUAGUUUGCAGUCUGAAGACUUCAGAGCCUAGGACCAGAACAGAGCUUUUACACUAUGCCUGUCAGCUCGCACUGGACCCCAACACUGCCAACAGGCACCUCUGUCUGUCUGAGGGGAACAGGAGGGUGUCAACGACGAAAGAGCCCCUGCAGUACCCCGAUCACCCCGAGAGAUUUGACAACUGGAGGCAGGUCCUGUGCAGAGAGGGGCUGUCUGGGACCCGUGCUUACUGGGAGGUGGAGUGGAGCGGAGUGAGGUCGGACAUAGGCGUCGCAUAUAAAGGGAUCAACAGGAAGGGAAAGGGGGUUGACUGUCGCCUGGGCCGCAAUCGCAAGUCCUGGAGCCUCUACUGGUCCGGCACCAGUUACUCCAUCUGGCACAAUAACCAGGAAACAGAAAUAGCUGCCCCUCCCUCCUCCAGGAUAGGGGUGUACGUGGACCACAGGGCUGGAACUCUGUCCUUUUACAGCGUCUCUGGGGACACAGCGACCCUCCUGCACAGAGUCCAGGCCUCCUUCACGGAGCCCCUCUACCCCGGGUUCGGGUUUGGAUUGAAGUUUUUCAUUUUCUUCCUCGACUCCAGCCUGACACUGUGCCGAUAAGAGGCAAAGACAAGAAAAAGAAACAGCGCGCGGGGAAGAGCAGGCGAUUCGUGACGCGGACGGCCACCGCCUGGGCCGCUCAUAUCCAGCAACAGAGCUGCGCAGGAGUUCGGCCAAGUUAACAUCGGGAGCGACGCUCUCGCGCGGAGCAAACCCUCAGACUCGGCUCCCUCAGCCACAAGACCUCGGAGUCGCCUCUGUCCAUCGCCAGCGGAGCCAAGCGCCAGGAAUGCUGCACGCCGACCUGCAGCGGGAUCUCCUGAUCUUACAGAGCACGCACUCAUUCGUCCUGGCCAAUGGAGAAGGGCAGCUCUAUGGGUCCCCUCAAGACCAGUCAAAAAACUCCAAGUGCUCGAAAUCCAGUGGGGCGCCCGAGCAGUAAAACGCAGGCCGAGUCAGGCCAGAACACGGCUGUAUCUGCUUCACGUUUCGUCUUUUGGGAAGACAGUAUAACCUUUAAUAAUAAUAAUA